UCGCACACUGUUUGUGAGACACCGCAUAUCAAACCCGAUAAAAAAAAAAAAGGGACAGAGAAAGAAAGAACAAGAGGAUGGAUGACCAUUGAUGUUGCUCUUUUGGAUUUCCAAACCUUACGUCUUACAUUUCUUUAUCUCUCUCUAUUUCUCUGAGAUUCACGCUCUCCUUUUCUUUAAUCGAAUUUGUUGUGUGCUUCAUUAACAAAAACGGUGAAGCCCUAAUCCCUAAUUGGUGAUUCAGCCCCCAACGUCUCUCGACUCUCUUUCUCAGUUUCUCGUCACUCUCUCCUACGAAUUCAAGCUCUCGUCAGCUCGUCUCAUCUCCGGUCUCUCACCUCUCAUCUCCGGUCUGUUACUUCUCUCUCUCGGUCUCGCAUUCAUCGCUUCACACUCAGUCAUCGCUGUCGCUCUCUGUCGUCGCCGCGGCAGAAGCAGCAGGUCUCGGGACUGGUCGUCGUCGUCGCUCUCUGUCUCGUCAUCGUCUCGCACUCAGACGCGCGCCUUCCCUGCCCUCGUCGUCGCCGGCAGCAGAGGCUGCAGGUCCCGGUGGGCUGGUCUUCGUUGUCGCCUACUUGCUUCGAGCCUCGCCGUCAGCUUCUUUUGCGCAACCCGAUUUGUUCUGCGCAAAUACUGUCCCCAUCCAGAGUCAAAAUCAGUGUAGUCAUCCACUUCCAUUUCACGCCCACACUUUGCCCCAUCACUGCUCACCUCCCGUCCAUGGCAGAGAGCAGCAAAAAGCGUCGCCGAACCAACACCGACGACCUCCCUUUCAAGAACAAGCUUAAACCAGACUCCACCAUCCUCCAAACCCUGAAAGACUUCUCCACCUCUUCCUCCUCCUCUUCCUCUUCCUCCAAAACCCUAACCCUCCAAGACCUCUCCCUCCCCUUCUCCUGCCGUGAAGUCUCCGAUCUCAGCCUGUCAUCCGUUCAGUCCAACAUCGAGUCCCUCGUCCUCCGCAUCGCCCACUCCAUCCUCUCCGGCAACGGCUUCGCCUUCGACGUCCCUUCCCGUGCCGCCACCAACCAGUUUUACGUCCCGGAGCUUGACCGAAUUGUCCUCAAGGACAAGAGUUCACUUCGUCCUUUUGCGAAUAUCUCGACGGUUAGGAAGUCCGCAAUUACUGCCCGCAUAUUGCAGCUGGUUCACCAGCUUUGCAUUAAGGGGAUUCAUGUCACGAAGCGUGAUCUGUUCUACACGGAUGUUAAGUUGUUUCAGGAUCAGAUCCAGUCCGAUACGGUUCUUGAUGACGUGUCCUGUAUGCUCGGAUGCACACGGUCCAGCCUCAAUGUGGUUGCAGCCGAGAAAGGUGUUGUUGUUGGGAGGCUGAUCUUUAGUGACAAUGGAGACAUGAUUGAUUGCACGAAGAUGGGUAUGGGUGGGAAGGCCAUUCCACCAAAUAUUGAUCGAGUUGGGGAUAUGCAGAGUGAUGCUUUGUUCAUUCUGUUGGUGGAGAAGGAUGCUGCUUAUAUGAGAUUGGCCGAGGAUAGAUUCUACAACCGGUUUCCUUGUAUAAUCGUGACUGCCAAAGGGCAACCCGAUGUUGCUACAAGGCUGUUCCUGAAGAAGAUGAAGAUGGAGUUGAACCUGCCAGUGCUUGCACUUGUAGACAGUGAUCCGUAUGGGUUGAAGAUUCUCUCUGUCUACGGAUGUGGGUCAAAGAAUAUGUCCUACGACAGUGCCAACCUGACAACCCCUGACAUAAAGUGGCUCGGGGUUAGGCCUAGUGAUUUGGACAAGUACAAGAUACCCGAGCAGUGUAGGUUGCCAAUGACUGAGCAGGAUAUUAAGACUGGAAAGGACAUGUUGGAGGAGGAUUUUGUGAAGAAAAAUCCAGGUUGGGUUGAGGAAUUGACAUUAAUGGUGAAAACUAAGCAGAAGGCUGAAAUUCAGGCCCUGAGCACCUUCGGCUUUCAGUAUCUAUCUGAGGUUUAUUUGCCCUUGAAAUUGCAGCAGAAGGAUUGGCUAUGACCUUUCACAACCUAAGAGCAAUGUUUAUUGUCUAAGAUGCUGACUAUGUCACCACCUGUUCCAACAGUUUAGUGAUGCAGUAGUAUUUAUUAAUGCUCUGAUUAGAUUGACUUUGUUUAUACUUCUGCCUUUGAUCUCCCAGACUUCAACGCAUUUGAAUUGUUAAGAGUUUCUCUUUAUCUUGGUUAAUCCUGAACCGAAAGCAUCAUAUUGUUUUGUAGG